AUGGCAACGAAUCUCAAAGCCAACCCCAGCUUCGAAGCCGAAAAAGCAGACAUUGUUGACGUCUUGAUCGUCGGUGGUGGCAUCUCGGGCAUCAACGCAGCUUGCCGCCUCACAGACUCGCUCCCCAAUACCUCCUACACCAUUCUAGAAGGCCGUCAAAGUUUUGGUGGAACGUGGGAUUUUUUCAAGUACCCAGGCAUCCGCUCGGACUCGGACUUGCACACCUUUGGCUAUGCUUUCAAGGCCUGGCGUGGUCCCGCUAUCGCUUGCGCGCCAGAGAUUCUCAAGUAUCUCAAUGAGGUCGCCCAGCAAUACGACCUUCCUUCGCGUACUCACUUCAACACCAAGGUGCAACAAGCGAGCUGGAGCAGUCAGGACAAGCUGUGGACUAUCAAAGCAGUGGUUUCACUCACCGGCGAAUCAAGGGUUUACCGCGCCAGGUUCUACCUCAACUGCUGCGGCUACUACGAUUAUGAUCAGCCACUGGACGCAGAGAUUCCGGGCAUCGACGGUUUCACAGGCACCGUUGUGCAUCCCCAGUUUUGGAAACUGACCGAGCAAGAUUUCAAGGACAAGCGGGUUGCUGUGAUAGGCUCUGGCGCAACCGCGAUCACGCUGCUACCGGCGCUGGCGGGCAAGACUAAGCAUGUCACUUUGGUCCAACGAUCCCCUUCUUACGUGGUCGCUAUCAGCCCCAACGACCCGAUCGCCAAUCUGGUGCAGAAGACCCUACCAGAGAGGCUGGCAUCCUUUGUUAUUAGGCAGAAGAAUGUGGCGCGCAUCUACGCCUUUUACCACUUUGCCCGGACGUUCCCCCGCCUGACCAGGGGCUUGAUCACAGUUGGUGCGGCAAGACUGCUUCCAAAAGACACCCCAGUCGAACCCCACUUCACGCCCAAGUACGCUCCUUGGGAUCAGAGGGUCUGUCUGUCUCCCGACGGUGACUUUUUCAAAGCCUUUCGAGACGGUCAUGCCUCCGUUGCCACGGGCAUCAUCAAGACAAUCGAGGAGAAUCAAAUCAUGCUCGACACAGGAGACAAGAUACACGCCGAUAUCAUUGUCACUGCGACGGGGCUCAAACUGCAAUCGGGCGGAGGAGUCAGAGUGAUUGUUGACGGGGAAGAAGUGCACAUCAACCAGAAAUUUGUUUGGAGGGGAUGCAUGAUUGAAGACGUGCCCAAUUACGCGUUCGUUAUGGGAUACACCAAUGCUUCCUGGACACUGGGUGCAGACUGUACGGCGCACGCUGUUGUGCGUCUGCUUUCUCAUCUUGCUGAAACAAAUCAGAAGGUUGUGAGACCAGAAAUGUCGGAUCUCAAUCAGGUGGUCGAAGAAAGUAUUAUGGAUAUGUCGAGCACGUACGUUGCAAAGGGUAGGAGUUCGUUGCCCAAAGUCGCAACCACAGGGCCCUGGAAGAGACGCACCAACUACUGGAUAGAUAUGUGGACGGCAAAGCACGCCACGUUUGACCAGCUUAAUUUUGCUUGA